AUGGUCCACAUGAUAUCGACGGAAAACCCGCUGGAGGGGGUCUCCCGAACCAAGAUGGCGUUCAUCGGCGGCGCCUUUCUCGUGCUGCUCACGCUGUUUGUUGUACAAACCGAGUUUACCUCCCAAGUGUACAAGAUUGGCUUCUCAGAGCCGCUCGUACUCCUAUGGAUCACCCACGGCAUGUGGUGGAUUCUCUGGCCCAUACAGGCAAUAUCUGCUGCGCUGUAUCGGACAUUCAACAAGUGGAGGUCGUCAACUGCGCCAGUAGUGGUGGUGGGAAGAGGAGCCGCUCUGAGUUCCGCCCACUACGAGCGGUUGCCGAUAAACUCGAGCGACCCGCUAGACCUCGAAGAUCCCCAUGCAGUGGUGAUGAAGCAAAAGUUGAGGUUGUACAGUUACUUCAAGAAGUGUAUUGUAAAGCAACUUCAUAACAUUUACCACACCGCUGUCGUCAUUUACGAGGCGAACGUCAAUGGGGACACUCUGACAGAGGAACUCAAUAAAUUAAUUGAAAGAAACCCUAAGCUUCUGCUGCUGAGUCUGGUGCUAGAUUGCGCUCGACUGAUGAUAACAACCCCAGCAAUCAAAUACUUGUUGAAGUAUUCAUUUUACAUUACCGUGGUACUCACGUUGGCUGGAUGCACAUGGUACGCUGCCAUGGCUCUCACCUUUGCCAGCGAUGUCACUGCCAUCUAUAACUGUCUGGCGUUCACGGCCUACGCCUUCGCUAUCCCUAUGCUUCACGAGAAAUUCUCAUGGCUCAAAGUGCUGCUGGUGUUCAUCGCCAUCACUGGGGUGUUUAUCGUGUCCUACAGUGGACUGAGUGAUGAUGCCAAUACCGAAUACCCUUACCGCCUUUGGGGGAACUUACUCAUUUUAUUUGGUGCAGUAUUAUACGGGUACUACGAGUGUCUCUACAAAAAGUACUGCUGCAUUCCCAACCAUCUUGCCCGUUACAUUUCUCCUAGACGCCAACUGUCAUUUGCAAACUUUGUCAUGGCGCUUUUCGGUGUUUACACAUUCAUCAUCUUGACACUGUGCAUGUUAAUUCUGGAAUUAACCGGCAUUCACCGCUUUAAAUUUUAUUAUGGUGAGAAUAAUACCCGUGUGUGGUCACUUGUGAUCGGACUGAUUGCAGGUAACUUACUCUUCUCUGGAUCAUUCCUCCUAUUGAUGGCUUUGACGCUGCCGGUGUUGUCAUCAGUCAGUUCGUUGGUGACAAUUUUCAUCAUCGGUGUGGUGGAGUGGGUGUUAUUCGACAAUGCAUUGAGCUCACAACAGUUACUUGGUGACUUCUUGAUCAUCAUCGGGUUCUUGUUACUUACGUACGCCCUGUGGAAGGAAAUCACCGAGGGCCUGGACGAUGCCAAUGAUAUGGAUGGCGUUCUGACAUACUCAUUCGCCGUAUCGGCUGCCUCCGAUAACGAAUAA